AUGGGCGAGAAAGAAGAUAGGGAGAAAGCUGAGAAGCUUGCAGCAGCCAAGAAACGCGUCGCUCAACUGCAAAAGAAAAAGAAGGCAGCAGGAGGAGAUAAACCCGCAGCCUCGUUCAGUAAGAAGGCUAAAGACGCAGAGACGACAGCGGAAAAGGACGAAGGCAAUGGAGUGGUUCAAAAUCUUCCUAGGACUGAAGCGACCCUUGCAGACGAACUUGGAGAUGAUGUGGGAGAGAAUGCAGACGAGGCAGCCUUCAAUGAGGUGGUCAAGUCUGCAGAACAGCCUGCUACCACUGAAGCCGAUGAGGAUAACGCCGAAGAGGAAGAUGCAGUCUCACCUCCUCUGCCAGCAGCAUCGCCCUCGACAGAACCAUCCUCCACCAAGCCUCGACAACUUGGUCGUCAGCCAUCGGUCUCUAUGCAGUCUAAGAUGCGCUCUGCAUCUUUCAGACAAGGCGCUGCGCCGACUUCUCCAGCAGCUGACGAGGACUUCCCUGACAUCUACCGAAAGCAAAUGGCUCGGAUCGAGGAACUUGAGCGUGAGAACAAGAGGCUAGCACAAGAAGCAGAGGAGUCACGGGCACGUUGGCACAGGAAGGAGGAAGAGCUUGAGGAAUUGCGAGAAAAAGCCACAGAGCAGAAGGGUGGAGACAAGGACAACGAAGAGGUGCAGAAACUUCGCUCCGAAAUUGAUACUCUACGUCGUAACAGCAGACACAGCAUCUCUGUCCCCAAACCGAAGCCCAACGAAGAUACAGGGUCACUGCGACAAGAGCUCGAGAGCAAAGAAGCUACUGUAUCCGACAUGCAGCUUGAAAUUUCUCGACUGAGGUCUCAAGUCAGUGCUUUGACUACUAGUGGGAAGGACGAGAACGAGCAAAUCUCAGCUCUGCAAGAGUCUUUGCAGCGCUCUGAAGCCUUGACCGCAAAGUUACAAACAGAACUCGCCGAUGUAAAGAAGGCUCUGAAUCGAGCGAGUGAAAAAGCAGUAGUGGAUAGUACCGAACGUACAAGCAGAGAGACAAAGAUCAAGUCUCUUGAGCGUGAAUUAUCGGAAAGUCAGGCUGCUCAAAAUGAGGCAGAUCAGAAACGUGAAACACUCGAGAAGAAAGUUGAGGCCAUGAACAAGCUUUAUCGUGAAGCCGAGCAGCGAAACGGGCCCAAGUUGGCACAAUUUGAGGCAAUGUCGAAAGAGCUUGCAUUGCUCAAGGCGAAGUUAGAAGCCACAGAGAAGGACAACUUGAGGCUACGGGAAGCCAGAAAGCAUCGCAUGAGUGGUGAUGGUGCGGAUGAGGGCCUCGCAGAUCUAGAGGAAGAGGAAAGAAAGAAGCUCGAGAAACAGAUACGCGACUUGGAGAGUGAGAACUUUGAUCUUCGACGUGGAGUCUGGCGCGACAAACGCCGAGAAAUGCAGCCGAACUUGAGCAUGGACCAGGAUGCGGAUGGCAACGAUUUCGACGAAGUUGACCUGAACGCCUCGGGUGCCAACACUCGCAAGGGCUCGGCUCUGUACCCACCUACUCAGCCGCAGACGAGACACUCAGGAUUUGCUCAAGUACUGAAUUCAGGCCUUGCCGCAUUCAGGACGUCAACCACAUCUCCGGACUCUCAGGCUCAGCGGCAGCAGGCUGGUAGACCUAGGAAUGAUUCAUUGCUGGAGGACUUUGACGAUGAAGCGUUUGAUGAGAAUGCCUUUGCAGCUGCACAACGAGAAGAAGAGAUGCGGAAGAUGGUCGAACAUGUCAGAGAGGUCAAGAAAGGCUUGAAGCAGUGGCAGGGAUGGAGAUUGGACCUGGUCGACUUGAGAAGAUCAGGUGGCGGUGGAAUGAACUUUGGAGAGAUCUUUGAGGUUUAG